CCUCUCCAUCUCACAGUUCUCCUGUCAGCAAGCCUUCCUCAGCUCUUGCUAACCUCUCUGGCUGCCAUCAUCUUGACCACACUUUUUCAGCACCGGUGUCAUCUUGACCAAAGAGGAAACCAACAAUGUCUGGCAUUAUGAAAGUGUUUCUGCUCAUCGCUGUCAUGUUCUGCAUCUCUGAAGCCCAAAGCGAUAAAAGCCAGCAGUGUCUGUGUCAGCGUCUCAAGAAUCGCAUCGUUUCGAAGGCUGAGAUUAAGGAAAUCCAGAUCUACCAAGCAACCGUCUUCUGUACCAAAGUCGAGAUUGUUGUCACCCAGAAAAACGGCUUUCGCUAUUGCCUGAACCCCGAGCUGGCCCCAGUGAAAAAACUCAUGACUGUCAUGAUGAACAAGCAGAAAUCCUCUACAGCUUCACCAUCUGAUCUGACUUACACUGCAGGCAGCACCAGCACCGGCACCAGCACCGGCACCGGCACCGCUCGCAACUAACUCACUCCGUUAUAACUUUCUGCCCGAACAAGAACCUCAUUCGAUCUCUGACCCUCUCAACAAAAGCACCUUCAACAAAUAUAGAUGUAAAAUAAUUGAAACUUUCUGUCUAUUUAUCUUCUAUUUAUACUGAUGUGCACUUACAGUAUAUCUCUUUUCUUUGUGUUCUGUUUUUUUCUGAUAUGUUUUUGUACAUUUAUAUAUGUGUUGUAGAUUUUUCAGAAUUUUUGGUACCUUUAAUUUUUUAUGACAAGAAGAAAAAUAAAGAAAAGUCACAAAA